AUGGCCGAAGCCAGUUAUGCCUCGGCAUCACAGACCGACGUACUCAUCAUAGGUGCUGGGCCUUCUGGCUUGAUGACAGCCUACUGGAUGGCCCGUUGCGGCGUGCGAGCCCGAAUCAUCGAUAAAAAGAGCACCAAGGUGUUCACCGGUCAAGCAGAUGGGUUGCGAGUGCGAACUCUCGAAAUUUUCGAUAGCAUUGGCUUCCAACACCGGGUCCAGCAUGAAGGCCAUGUGGCCGUUGAGGCCAACUUCUGGGCGCCUGGUCCAGAUGGAACCUUGAUUCGUCAGGGCCCAUUCUGCAGCUCUAAAGUCAACGAGUCUCCGUUUCACAACAUGCUUCUGAGUCAAGGACGAAUUGAAAGGUUCAUUCUCGAUAGUAUUAAGCAGUACUCGAAUCUCGAAGUUGAAAGGGGUGUCAUCGCUGAGUCAUUUGAGUACGAUGAAAUUGUCAAAGAUGACCAGAAUGCAUACCCCAUCACUCUCAAGUUGCGAACUCUCAGUGAGGACGAAGUGACUCCUUCCAACAAUUCUGGUGAAGGAAGGUCGCAUUCUGUUCCUGACAAGCUCAAAGAUAGUGAUCUACAUCCAGAUGAUUUGGAUGACUUGAUUCAAGAUAGCAAGAGUCGGCAAACGAAGACCGAGAUUGUCAAAGCCAAGUAUCUUAUUGGAUGCGAUGGUGCCCACAGCUGGACCCGAAAGCAGGUCGAUAUUCCACUGGAAGGGGGUGUGAUCGAUAUUAUCCCCAUCACAGACUUCCCGGACAUCCGUCGCCUGGGCACUGUGACCAACGCAUCAGGCACAAUUCUCGUCAUCCCUCGUGAAAGACGACUGGUACGCCUCUACGUGCCCGUGCAAGUUGUCGAUGUCGCCAAAAAUGGAAACGCUCGUUUCAACCGCUCGUCAAUCACUCCAGAGAUGAUCAAAGAGCGAGUCCAAGCUAUCUUGAAGCCGUACACAUUCGAUUACAAAGUCUGUGAAUGGUGGACUGCAUAUCAGAUCGGACAGCGAAUCGCGCCCACGUUCGCGAAAGAUGAUCGUAUCUUCCUCGCCGGAGAUGCAGUGCACACUCAUUCUCCUAAAGUGGGACUCGGCAUGAACAUGAGUAUGCAGGAUGGAUUUAAUGUCGGCUGGAAGGUUGCUUUGGUUGCAGCAGGGGUGGCUAGUCCUGCUAUUCUUAGCACGUAUAAUGCUGAGCGCCAUCACUUGGCUGAGAUGUUGCUUGACUUUGAUCGUCACUUGUCUGGUCUUUUCACCGAUAACAAGCCAUCGAAGGGAAUCCCAGAAGGAGGUUCUGAUAAGACGGAGAACAUGAUCAAGGUUCUUGAGACAUUUGAAGAUUUUGCGGAUGGCUUGAAGGCUUUCUAUGGUGCUAGCCCGUUGGUCUGCAAGUUUGUCAAUGAGGACAAGCUUAACCCGGGCCAUCAUCUGGUUCCGGGUGAGCGAUUCCCACCGGUCAAGCUACGCAAGCAGGCAGAUGGAAAUACACAGUGGACGACAAGAAUUUUCGAGAGUGACGGUCGAUUCCGACUGGUCAUUCUUGCUGGAGAUGUCCGUAAUGAAAUGCAGAAACAUCGGGUUGACACUCUUAGUCGGUUUCUGUCUGGUCAGCUCAAAGAAAAAGCUUCGCCUUUGAGCAGAUAUAAUGCGAUCCCGGGCCGCUUCAAGAGCCCGAUCGAUGUGGUGACGGCCCACAGCGCAUCUUGGAAGGAGACAGAGUUCUUCGACUUCCCCGAAAUCCUACGUGACCUGGACGCCACAUUGGGCUGGGGAUAUGAUAAGAUCUGGUGUGAUGACGCAUGCAUAUGGGAUCGGGACUGUGAUGGCAAAGGAUAUGAGAAGUGGGGAGUAGACCGCAUGCGUGGAUUGAUGCUGGUUGUUAGACCGGAUCAGUAUAUUGGCUGGGUGGGUGAGCUGGAACAUAUGGAUGAGAUGACCCGCUACCUAGACGGUGCUCUGAUCAAGGUCGUGACUGAGGAGUAG